CCGGACUCCGCGGGCUCCUCUGCACGGGAGAGGCGGCGCCAGCGGAGCCCCCACGGUCCCGUCUCUUCCCCCGGGCUCGGCGCGGGACUGGCGUGGCCAUGGAAACAGCGCUCAUCUUUCUGUGCUCUCUGCUGGUGCCUGUGGUCGUGGCGGAUGCAGCCAAUCAAGAGAAGGAAAAAGAUCCUUUCAACUAUGAUUACCAGAGUUUGAGGAUCGGCGGUUUGGUGUUUGCCGUGGUCUUGUUUUCUGUUGGAAUUCUCCUUAUACUCAGCAGGAGGUGCAGAUGCAGCUUCAACCAAAAGCCCAGAGCCCCUGGGGAUGAGGAGGCUCAGGCAGAGAACUUGAUUGCCUCAAACGCAACAGGGAUCAGAGACCUGAGGACAGACGCUUGGACCACCAAUGCAAGCGACCUGCAAGAAAGCGAGAAUGACAGCAACAGGUGCUUUCCCGGUGGUGCACACGCCCAGACCAGGGCACCCGCUGCACGGCUCGCUGCGAAGAUGGCUGACGAGAUCGUCCCAGAGCAGGUGCCUGACAAGUUCACCUAUGAUUAUGAGACCAUUCGGAAUGGGGGGCUGAUAUUCGCCGUGGUGGCUUUCGUGGUCGGACUCCUCAUCAUCCUCAGUCGGCGGUUCCGCUGUGGAGCAAAGAAGAGAAGAAGAACCACCUGGACUGUCUGGAAAGCAGCUUCCUGCCCACUGCUCUGUCUAGGAGGGGGGAAUUGUCUUCAGGAGCCAAGCCCCUUGCACCGGAGACAUUAACCUUCUUGGCCCUGCACCUCUAUACACACCAUUUGCAUGGCUUUCCUUUGUAAAAUCAGUUCAGUGCU